AUGACAGCCCUACUCGCAGAGGGCACCGUGCCUGGCCCCGGGGGCUGCUGCUCCAUCCACAUUUACUGCCUUCUGGCUGCGCCGCCGCCGGUCCGGGUGAGCCUGGGAGCCCCUUCCUCUCCCGGCCUCAGUCUCCCCGUGGGUACCCGGGGGACGCUGCGCGCCCAGGCAGGAGCUGGCCGAGGCCCGCGGAGGCAGGGCCCGGGUGGGAGCGGGACCGCCCACUGCGGCGGGCCGGGACCUCCGGGGCCCGCGGAGGCGGUGCGCAGGGCUCCUCCCCCGGGGCGGGGGUCGCGGCGCCGGCAGCUGGCAGCCCCGCAGCUGCAGCCUCAGCACCUGCCGCGGCCAGACGGCGCGGGCGGGCGCGGCCCGGCCGUGCGCCCCCCCUCCGGCUGCAGCCUCGGCGCGGGAGGCGGAGCCCGAGCCGAUCCUGAGCCGAGCCGCCGGCCGAGCCUUGCCCGCGUCCGUGCAGCCGCCGGGCGGGGCCGCCCCUGGCAGAGAGCGUCAGCCCGCCAGGUCCGCGUCCGCGCGGGCGGCGCUUCCUUGCAGGUAAGGGCGAGGUCCCGGCGCCGCAAAGUUUUGGGGGGGACUGCUGGUCCCUACGCUCCGGGCCUGCGCCUCCGGGAGCUACAGAUUGCCUGCCCCCGCGGCUUCCUCCGCGCCGCCCUCCGCCGUGCGCUCCGCUUGCACCACCGGCCCCUGGUGACCCGCGCCCGCCUCCAGUCCUAG